AUUCAGUUAUUAGUGAAGCUAUAAACAAACAAAGAAUAGUCGAAUCAUCCCGCAGUCGCUUCGUCCCGCUGAUCCGGAACGCAUACAGAGCUAAAAAUACAACAGAGCACACGUGCGCGCGCAUGGAGUCGCGAGAAUAGUCGCUUUAAAAAUAUUUCAUGCGCAAAACUCACGUUAUCGUAAUAACGUAUCGUAAAAUGAAUCUGCGGCGAUGACACAACAUAACGGUGGAUUAGCAAUAUGUGAUAAAGGAAAAGAGCCGAGGGAACCGGCACGAACGCAAGCAAUGCAAUUUUGGCAAGGCGUAGGCGAAUACGAAGCGUGUACAGCCGUUGUACUCGACUGCGUUUUUGCUCGGCUGCCGGCACAAGAACUGUGGCGCUGCGGAGGCGUCUGUCGGGCCUGGCGCCGCGCCGCCUGCGACUCCUCUCUUUGGCGACAUUUGCUGUUACCGAAUGCGACGCCGCACACGUUGCGCGCACUCGAAGCUGCACAGAGCGUCGAAGAGAAAAAGGGUGAGGUAUGGUCGUGGCGGAAGGAGUACGCCUUAGAGACUGCACGCUGGGAGCGAUGCGGACGGCUUCAGGCUCGCGGUGCGAGUUCGGUGCCGCUGAUGUGCGCCGCGCUGCACGACAACGACAGAUAUCUCGCCCUGGUUGACGAGGACGCACACGUUACGAUCUGGGAGCAUUUACGCUCCAAAAUCAAUACAAGCAUAGAAUCGGAAUGGAUGGUCCGAUGGAACGGCGUGGUGAGUCCCGAGUGGCGCGGAGUUGCGCUCGCGCAGUGGGCGCCGCGCUCCACGCGCCUGUUGCUCGCCGGCCGGCUGACGCUCGUCGACCGGUAUGAAAUGAUCGUUGUUCACUUUGACGAAGAGUGGUGCAGCCGAAUAGUGUGCCGAAGUGCGAGCGGGCCGGGGGGCGCGGGGUGCUGGGUGGAUGAUGAUGCCUUCCUGUCUUUGCGCUUACGACUUUUGGCUCCAGGACGAGCUUGUACCACAUUGUGGCUCAACGCAGCCACGCAGGAAAUUUAUUCAGAAUACGCGGGAGUGACGUCACCACUGCUACGCAUUUAUAACGAAGCCGCGGCGCACAUUUCACAAAUCCUGGUAGCAGAAGUUCCUAGUGAAGAAAUCGCUUACUUUGAGACUGAAACUAAUGACAGAACCGAUCAAGCGAGCAGCGAACCACGUGCAUCUUAUUAUUGCGCGCUCCGACCGCGAGAGUUCACGGAAGCUAAGAACAAGCAACGAAUUCUGAUAGCAGCGGGUGGCGUUGCUGGCGGUGCUCGUGGAAAAGCGCAGGCCUUGUUGAUGUGGCCGCUGCCUUCUCUGGAGAUGCCCAUGUUGUGGGUCGGGGACCACCUUGCGCAGCGCGUGCAGCAACACCGCAACCGCGCACGCGCGCCGGAGCCACAGCCUGAUGAGGAACCGGACGAAGACGCCUUGCGUGCUCUCUGCAGCCCGCCCGCGACAUCUUGUUGUCUACAAGCACAAAUCUUUGGAAUAGUUUUACAUCCUAGGGGAGGCUGCGUAUGGGCAACAACUGAAGCUGGUGCAUGGUGCGUGUCGCUGCCGGCCCUGAAGCCAGUGUUGUGGCUGCCGCGAGCUGCCGCUGCACCCAGCGUGGCCGAACUACCACCGCACUACCUUUUUCCCUGUGUCGAUGAUGACUAUUUUAUUACUCCACCAGGUUACGGUUCAGGUCGCGUAAGCUUGUGGACCAUUCGCAGUGGCCGCUGCAGUACACAGCUGCAACAUGACGCCCCCGCACUUGCCGUAUUUCUGCUAAAGCACGCUCGCUCAGCCCCCGGCUCGCGUCGUUUACUCGUUCUCGCAGCCGAUGCACUUCAUGUGUGGCGGAGCCUGGUCGACUGAGUCAAGAUUCAAACAUCGGCACCGUGUUCAAGACCAACUCGUAUGGCAAAGUAAGCUUCUAUAGUACGAAGCUUAACUAGCGGCAGGGAAACAGAUAGAGCGCGACGUGGAUCGUGCACCCCCAUUAAAGUACAAAAAUGCGCACCGUGUGUACCCAAGCCGCGUCCGGUGUGCCGCGAGCCCUCUGCGGCGUGCCCCCAUGGCCUGCGCCUCAUUUGUUACCCACCGUCCGCCGGAAAGCGUCCACCGUGCGAUUUACCGAGCCCUCCUCCUCCAUUAUCCUGCGAACGUAAUAGAAAUCAGGUGCAGUCAAUGAAACAUACUGAAGGACAGAGUAGUGACGAACACAAAAAUUUCUGUGGGGCUCAGUUGGACCGAGUAGCGAUGCGGUUGGCAGCUGCUGAGCGCUUGCGUCGUUUGGACUAUGAGCGUGAAGUAGCAGAGCAAACUCCGCCCCCAGCUCCAGUUCCUGCACCCUAUCACCUCACCAGCGAACACGAGUGUUUGAGAGCGAUAGAUGGCCGCGAUUAUACAGUAUCAAAAUCAAGUAUUAACACUGACAAGUCCACAC